UGUUCUCGCAGUACUGUGCGUUUGUGUAGUGAAAAAGUUGGAAAAAGUGAUUUUUGUUCUCCGGGAAUUUUUGUGGCCACCUUUUCACUCAAAAAAUCGCCAUGAAAUUGCUGAAAAUCUCCGAAAAUGGGUUCAAUUACAUCCAUGCUGCAGUGGCAGUGCACAAAUUGUAACUUGAUCAAUCCAACGGAGAAUGUAAAGUGUCUGAAUUGUGAGAAUGUCAGAAUCAUAUUUGAAAGCCACAAAUCAUCUGGAAAUUAUAGCGAUGGCGGUGAAUCGCGUAGGGUGUAUAAGAUUAUAAGGCACUACGAGGAGAUCUACUUCAAGGAGUUGAUCCACCAGUACUUUGGCGCCCAGCAGGAGGCGUUGCGCGUGAAACUGCCCCGCUUCCCGAGCACUCCCAGUCUCACGCGAACAUGGAACUGCCAGACGUGCUCGAGUCUCAACCGCAACUCCGUCACGUGGCACUGCCUCAACUGUGAGACGGUGAGCUACUUGGCGCCCAUCUAUACGGAGACGCUCAAGAGGAACCCUGAACGAGAUGCCACCAAGGCCAGCGUGGCAGAAUCCACCACGAGAGUUUUUCACUGUUUCCGGACGCGCUGCCUAAGCAUGGACUCGGGCGACUACCACAUCCGCCGCUGCGCCUCGUGUCUACUCAACGCUUCGAGCUUCUUGCUGGAGAAGAAGUACCACCUGUGCGCCCAUCAGAAGCAGGAGCACAACCUGGCCGUGCCGCCGUCCAGCCGCGUUAAUCGAUCCGGCUGUGCGGCACUUGUGGGGAAGCAGCAGCGCUCAUUGGACGAGUCCGGGCGCGAGACGCCGUACUACUCCAACCAGAAGAUUAACAAGUCGCUGUCCAACAUCGCCGAUCCGCUGUUCGGCGACAGUCACUGCGGGCGAUCGAAUGCGGACGCUUCUGCCUCAGCCUCCGGAUCAAUGGGGAAGACUCGUCUCUAUUGCGAUGUCUGUGGUGUGUGCAAUAGGAAUCAGUGCAGUUCGAGUGACACGAGCUGCAGUACGCGCUAUAUUGUGACGACAAUCUCAAGGAGUGGCAGUGUGAGCCUCACUAACAGUCAGCCACUGGUGGGCGCGAAUCUCCAGCGGAAUGGCGAGUGCAGUGCCAAGGAGUGGAUUGCCUCGGGGACUCCUGUGGCGUCUGCACUGGAUGAUAACUAUUAUGAGGUGCUGAGACAAUCGAGUGAAGCCAAGAGCAACAACAAUCCACCGUAUGAGAAUCACAAAGUCAUCUCAAAGGUCGCCCACAUCUAUGAGAAUCAGUCUGUGGUGUUGAAUCCGGACAAUCGCGAGGAGCAGCGCUCUGAGCCUGUGUACGCGGUGGUGAAUAAGCACAACAAGGCGCGCAAUAGGGUCAAUGCCACGGACCCAAAAUACUCGUACAUUGGGAUCUCCGAUCCGGGGCGCAUCGCCAGUCAGCUGGGGUGCCUGAAGAAGCCCCAGACGGAGACACUGUACGCCACAAUUCGCCACACAUCACCGCAGAACAACAAUCCACAGAGGCUGACCAGUCUGAUGGACGGUGGGAAUCUGAAGGCCACGCAGAUCGCCUCAACGUCCUGUCUGAAUCGCCUGGAGAUGCAGGACAGCUCAGUGAGUGGCGUGGCCUCGGGUGGAGGAGCUUGCGAUGGUAGUGAAGUGUACAGCAAAGUGUGGAAGGGGCCGAGAAAAGUGACAAUGGCAACACCCACAACUCCUGCUAAAGCGGUAACGCCGACUUCUGUGCCGAGGAUGUGGACGUGCACCAAGUGUUCGUACGCCUACAAUCCUCUCUGGGUGGAGCAGUGUGAUAUCUGUGAGUCUAACAGGACGCCCGCUUCGCUCACGCAGCCGUCACUGAUCACCGUGACGAAGGACGGCGGCGUGAUGCGGACGUCUGGCUCAACGAAGGAACUCAAGUCGUGCCAUGGCUUCGAUGAGGUGCCGACACUCGUGGAGGUGCCAAUUGCCACUUUUGAACAGGAUCUCGAUGAUGACUUCAUCGACGGCAGCAUCACAGAGGCCGAGUGGACGUGCAAGAAGUGCACUCUAGUCAAUCUCCCAGGAUCAAUGGCGUGUGUGGUGUGCGGAGGUUCAAAGUUGCGCAGCAUCACGAUCACGGAGGACAAGACACUGCGGAAGGGAGAGUUUUGGGCUUGUCACCAGUGCACGCUGAAGAAUUCUCUGUCCACCAACACUUGUGUGGCCUGCAAGUCAGCACGCCAAGUGCCCGUGAUCUCGGGCCAUCAGACCAACUAUCGACCGUACACAGCCUCGGGUCCUGGCCAUCAGUCGACAUCGUCCUCAAAUGCUAGUCACACCAACAAGGUGGGAUAUCAUCACAAUCGUCAAGUUCUGGGCUCCAUUCCCGCCAAUUCCGCCAACAAUUCAUCCAUUUCGCCAGUGGCCAGCACUCCGGCGGCCAACAGUCUCGCCGUGCCCGCCCAGAGGGCAUCCAGGAGUCCCUCGCCGCGCCACGAGAGAUCGUCCGGAGCCAUUCCCAAGCGCCACUCCACGGGAGCCGUGAUUGGGCGCAACAGCAGCGGCGGCCACACUAAUAGGCACAGCAGCGGCAGUCCGUCGACAAAGACAUGGCAAUGUCCGGCGUGCACUUUCGAGAACUCAUCGGCGAGUGUUGUAUGUGAGAUAUGUUCUAGUCAUCGUGGGUUAUUGAUAAACAACGCCGCCCCGGGGGAGUCGAGCGGCGGCAAUGGGGCGAGUGUAACAUUGUCUGGUGGCGAUGCGAGUCAAAUGGAGAGCAAAUUGAUGGAGAAUCUGCGUCAGAUUGAGGAGAAUGAGGCGAGAAACAAGUGGGAGCACAUCAUACAGUACUGCCGAGAGAAUGGUGAACUCUUUGUCGAUGACUCCUUUCCGCCGGCACCGCGGAGUCUCUACUACAAUCCCAAUUCCAAUACGGAGAACAAUCCGGUGGUGCAGUGGCGUCGACCGUCGGAAAUCAACUGUGACGGCGGCAAUUUUCCACCGUGGGCAGUUUUCAGGACGCCACUGCCGUCGGACAUUUGUCAGGGUGUGCUGGGGAAUUGCUGGCUCCUCAGCGCCUUGGCCGUUCUCGCUGAGCGAGAGGAUCUCGUGAAGGAGGUGCUGGUGACCAAAGAAAUAUGCCCUCAAGGAGCUUAUCAGGUUCGCCUGUGCAAGGAUGGAAAGUGGACAACUGUUCUGGUGGAUGAUCUUCUGCCGUGUGAUAAGCGUGGCCAUCUGGUCUACUCGCAGGCAAAGCGGAAGCAGCUUUGGGUGCCGCUGAUCGAGAAAGCGGUGGCCAAGAUUCACGGCUGUUAUGAAGCUCUUGUCUCUGGACGAGCCAUCGAAGGUCUGGCCACACUCACGGGCGCUCCGUGUGAGAGCAUCCCUCUGCAGCCGAGUUCACUGCCAAUGCCCAGCGAAGAUGAGCUGGACAAGGAUCUCAUCUGGGCGCAAUUGUUGAGCUCGCGCCUCGUGAAGUUCCUCAUGGGCGCCAGCUGUGGCGGCGGGAACAUGAAGGUGGACGAGGAGGAGUACCAGCGCAAGGGCCUGCGACCACGUCACGCCUAUUCCGUGCUGGAUGUGCGUGACAUCCAGAACCAUCGGCUGCUGAAGCUGCGCAAUCCGUGGGGACACUAUUCGUGGCGCGGCGACUGGUCAGAUGACUCACCGCUGUGGACGGAUGAGUUGCGGGAGGCGCUGAUGCCUCAUGGGGCGUCGGAGGGGGUGUUCUGGAUCUCCUUCGAGGAUGUGCUCAAGUAUUUCGACUGCAUCGACAUCUGCAAGGUGCGCAGCGGGUGGAAUGAGGUGCGCUUGCAGGGCACGCUGCAGCCGCUGUGCUCGCUGUCGUGUGUCUUGCUGACGGUGCUGGAGCCCACGGAGGCGGAGUUCACGCUGUUCCAGGAGGGACAGCGCAACUCUGAGAAAUCCCAACGAUCUCAACUUGAUCUCUGCGUUGUGAUAUUUAGAACGAGAUCCCCUGCCAAUCCCGAGGUGGGGAGACUCGUGGAGCACAGCAAAAGGCAGGUUCGUGGCUUUGUCGGGUGCCAUAAAAUGCUGGAGAGAGACUUGUAUUUGCUAGUUUGCCUGGCCUUCAAUCACUGGCACACGGGCAUCGACGAUCCUUCGCUUUAUCCGCAAUGCGUUCUGGCCAUUCACAGCUCCAAGAGACUGCUCGUGGAGCAGAUCUCGCCGCCUGGAUUCCUCCUGGCGGACGCAAUCAUCAGUCUCACGCUGACCAAGGGACAGAGGCACGAGGGCAGAGAGGGCAUGACAGCGUAUUACUUAACCAAAGGUUGGGCAGGACUUGUGGUGAUGGUUGAGAAUCGCCACGAGAACAAGUGGAUCCACGUGAAAUGCGACUGCCAGGAGAGCUACAACGUCGUGUCGACUCGCGGAGAGCUAAAGACUGUUGAUUCCGUGCCUCCGUUGCAAAGGCAAGUCAUAAUAGUCCUCACUCAACUCGAGGGAAGCGGCGGCUUCAGCAUUGCUCAUCGACUGACUCAUCGGCUGGCUAAUUCGCGGGGCCUCCACGAUUGGGGCCCGCCCGGAUCCACUCACGUGCCGCCCAUCGACAGCGUUCACGGCCUCCACGCGCCGCGGCUCAUCACCUGAGCCUGCGUUCACUUUCAUUUCUCUGAUUUCGUCGCAGAGCCACGGAAGGUGGAAAGGAGAGAAGAUCAAGUAAUUUUUAAGGAAUAAAAGGCUGUUCUUUGUAUUUAACCACGAUAUGAAUUCUCAAGAGUUAUGAUUGUGUUUUAGGAUUACCAAAAAAAAAAAAAGAAAAA